GGGUAGCAGAUGGUGUUGGUGGCUGGAGAGACUACGGGGUUGACCCUUCUCAGUUCUCAGGGACUCUAAUGCGAACAUGUGAACGUUUAGUAAAAGAAGGACGGUUUGUACCAAGUAAUCCUGUCGGGAUUCUCACCGCAGGUUAUUGUGAGCUGCUGCAGAACAAAGUACCUUUACUUGGAAGCAGCACAGCCUGUAUAGUCGUUCUGGACAGAACAAGUCAUCGUUUACACACAGCCAACUUGGGAGAUUCUGGAUUUUUGGUAGUCAGAGGAGGAGAAGUAGUACAUCGAUCUGAUGAGCAGCAGCAUUACUUCAACACUCCGUUCCAACUGUCCAUAGCUCCACCAGAAGCAGAAGGAGUUGUCUUAAGUGACAGCCCUGAUGCUGCUGACAGUACUUCUUUUGAUGUCCAACUCGGAGACAUUAUUUUGACUGCGACAGAUGGACUGUUUGACAACAUGCCUGACUACAUGAUUCUGCAGGAGUUAAAAAAGCUGAAGAACUCCAACUAUGAGAGCAUCCAGCAGACUGCAAGAAGCAUUGCUGAGCAAGCUCACGAGCUGGCAUAUGAUCCCACUUACAUGUCACCGUUUGCACAGUUCGCGUGUGACAAUGGAUUGAAUGUGAGAG